AUGAAGUUCACCACCGUCUCCCUCGCCCUCGCUGGCACCACCCUCGCCGCCCCUCCCAACACCCAAGCCUUUGAUAUCAUGGCCCUUCGAUCCGCCAGCCCCAUCCACUUUGCUGCCCUCAGCGCCUCCAGAGGCAGCUUCUUCCUGAACCUACCGAAGCAGAAUGCCCAGUGCAAGGGCGACAACAACCGCGCGACCUUGUAUUUACAGGGAUCCAAGCUAUUCCUGUACUCUGACGAGGCAAAGCCUCAGCAAGUCUUUGUUGACCGCUCCGGAAUGGGCCAGGGAAAGAUUGGAUAUCUUACGGAUGUUGCCACGCUACCUCGGUAUGGUGAGCUGGAAGGCUGGUCGAUCACUGGGGACGGGAACCUCGUUUUCCAUGGCAAGAUUCUUCAGGCUUGUCCUAACUCUAUUGACGGAGCUUGGAGCGUUUGGGCUGGUGAGGUUGUUAAUCCGGCUGGAAAUAAGGGAUGUUUGGGCUUUUCACCGCGGAAGUUGCCUAAUGAUAAGCCGGUUUCCUGUGUGUAUAACUAG